AUUCUAAGACUUUUCCCGGCAGUCUCUGCAAACAGCCCACUCUGUUCUCCAUCCCUUCUUCCCGGCAUGCUCCGUGGACCUUGCGCCCUUGACAACAGAGGCUAAGAUGGCGUCCAACACCCGGAUCAUCCAGUGGAUUCGCAACUGGGCGGCAGGGCAAGAUCUCCAAGCCAAAUUACAGCUGCGCUACACUGAGAUCUCCAAGAGGACUCAGCCACCUCCACGCCUUCCGGUUGGCCCCAGCCACAAGUUUGCAAACAACUACUAUUGUACUCGUGAUGGGCGUCGGGAGACCUUGCCUCCUGUUGUCCUUGUCUCACCACAGAAAACCUUGGCCCCAGGAGCUCCUGCUGCCAGCUCAGAAUCUGCUGUGGCAAUGAUGGAGAAAAAACCAGUGACUCCAGGCCCCCCAAUUCAGAAAUGGGAGCUGUCGAAAGACCAACCUUACUUGUGAACUGAUUGCAAUCAAAGCUGUUGCAUGUAUGGAUCCGCACCCCACCUGGCAGGAAACAGACAAUGCUGUCACCCUGCUCAGAAUUAUUUCUGACUAUAAAGACUCUCUGGUGCUUAUCUGAUUAAAUAAACUCAGUCCUUAA